CUCUGGCCAGAUUGUCCGAAAUAAACUGGAAAUGAAGUCUGUUAGACUGUAUUAAAGCAAUACACAUUUUGAAAAUAUUUAUUAAGUAAAUAUUAAUUUAGAAAUACGCCAUUGAACUACAAGUCAGUAAUAAUACUUGACUAUUUUACUACCUCUAAUAGUACCCCUGCGGCAGGUCAGUCUAGUAGAAAAUAUGCUUUUGUUAUUCUUACGAUCUUAUUGACCAAUAUUUAACUUUUCGUAAAGCUCCCGUAGAAUUAUUGAAAAAAUCUUGCAUGAAUGAAAAACUGGGUGUGGGUCAACUAAUACGGAUUUACAGAAAUUUUAACACUUUCGCCAAAACUAUGGAAUAGGUGGGAAGCAAUAUUUUGAUGACUUUUCAUUGCAAACCAGCUUCAUUUAUUGCAAAACAUAUUUAAAGAAACGCAUGGAUAUUUUCGAUUGAUAAUUUUUUUUUGUGGAUUUACAAAAAUAAAAAAGAAAUAAGAUGAUGUGUAGUCGUUAGAAUUAUCUUAACAAAAUUACUCAACAGUGAUUUCAUUGGAUUAUAUAAUCAGAGUGGUUUCAUUUUACGGAUUUAAAUCAAAUAAUCAAAUUGGAUUUUUUUGGGAAUUACUACUUAAUGAAAAAGUCACUAAAUAGAAAUGACGGAUCAACGACGCCUGAUAAGGCAGUUGUCAUACACUAUUUUGACGAUGCUGAUUUCAACACUUGUUUCUGGAUCAACAACCGUCGCUGAUACAACUGUCGCACCAACAACAACUGUGGCUAAUACAACUGUCGGGCCGACAACAACUGUUGCUGACACAACUGUCGGUUCGACAACCACAGUGGCUAACACAACUGUCGGACCAACAACAACUAUGGCUGAUACAACUGUCGCAACAACAACGGCAGUGGAUAAUACAACUGUCGGACCAUCAACAACUGUUGCUGAUACAAUUGUCACACCAACAACAACUGCUGCAGAUACAACUAUCACAAAAACAACAACUGUUGCUGAUACAACUGUCGGACCAACAACAACCGUCUCUGAUACAACUGUCGGUUCGACAACAACCAUUGCUGAUACAAAUGUCGGUUCGACGACAGUGGCUAAAACGACUGUCGGGCCAACAACAACAGUUGCUGAUACAACUGUCACACCAACAACAACUGCUGCAGAUACAACUGUCACAAAAACAACAACUGUUGCUGAUACAACUGUCGGACCAACAACAACCGUCUCUGAUACAACUCUCGGUUCGACAACAACUGUUGUCGAUACAAAUGUCGGUUCGACAACGACAGUAGCUGAUACAACUGUCGGACCAACAACAACUGUUGCACCAACAACGACAGUUACUGAUACAACUGUCGCACCAACCACAACUGUAGCUGAUACAACUGUCGGACCAACAACAACUGUUGCUGAUACAACGGCCGGACCAACAACAACAGCUGCUGAUACAACUGUUGGACCAACAACAACAAUUGCUGAUACAACUUUCGAAUCAACAACAACCGUUGCGGAUACAACUGUCGCUCCAACAACGACAGUUACUGAUACAACUGUCGCACCAACCACAACUGUUGCUGAUACAACUGUCGCACCAACAACAACUGUUGCUGAUACAACUGUCGCACCAACAACAACUGUUGCUGAUACAACUGUCGCACCAACAACAACUGUUGCUGAUACAACUGUCGCACCAACAACGACAGUUGCUGAUUCAACUGCAGGACCAACAACAACUGUCGCUGAUACAACUGUCGCACCAACAACAACAGUUGCUGAUACAACUGCAGGACCAACAACGACAGUUCCUGAUACAACUGUCGCAUCAACAACUACUGCUGCUGAUACAACUGUCGCACCAACAACGACAGUUGCUGAUACAACUGUCGCACCAACAACGACAGCUGCUGAUACAACUGUCGCGCCAACAACGACAGUUGCUGAUACAACUGUCGCACCAACAACGACAGUUCCUGAUACAACUGUCGCAUCAACAACUUCUGUUGCUGAUACAACUUACGCACCACAACUACUGUUGCUGAUACAACUGUCGCACCAACAACUACUGUAGCUGAUACAACUGUCGGACCAACAACAACUGUCUCUGAUACAACUGUCGCAUCAACAACUACUGUUGCUGAUACAACUGACGCACCCACAACUACUGUUGCUGAUACAACUGUCGCACCAACAACAACUGUUGAUGAUACAACUGUCGCACCAACAACGACAGUUGCUGAUACAACUGUCGCACCAACAACUACUGUUGCUGAUACAACUGACGCACCCACAACUACUGUUGCUGAUACAACUGUCGCACCAACAACGACAGUUGCUGAUACAACUGUCGGACCAACAACAACUGUCUCUGAAACAACUGCCGCACCAACAACAACUGCUGCUGAUACAACUGUCGCACCAUCAACGAGAGUUGCUGAUACAACUGUCGGACCAACAACAACUGUUGCUGAUACAACUGUCGCACCAUCAACGACAAUUGCUGA